GAACUAUCUCAUCUCUAAUGAGCAUUCGGCAUCAUUUGUUGAGUUUCCCCCUUGUAGGUGUGAGAAAACCACUCUAAAUGUCAACCAUCAUGUUCCCGUCAAUCCGCUAUAAAGCUCUGGACUAUGACUUUGAGGCCAGGAGCAGGCUGAAGGUGAUAAUGGACGUGUUGGCUUUACCGACACCUUACAUCACAGGCAGCCAUCACCUGUACCCUCACAGUGGGGCCCUGGCAGGGGCCACCUACAGGCAGCCGUGGGUCAGAGGAAACAUCAUCUCCACCUGUAGCAGUUCUGCGCUGGACCACCUCCGAGGCACAAGACGAGAAAGAAACUCACCAGAUAGAUUUCACGGCUUUGGGUGUGACGAAUAUGAGUUGGAGGUGUUCGUUAGCUCCAAUGCUGACUCAGCAGAGCUCCCUGACCCGGACAAAGGGCUCUGUCUUUUAGAAGAGUCUGAGGUCAACAAUCCGUGUGGGGAAUCUUUUAACAAGAUGACGACCGAGCAGAUGGAUCCCAGAAAUAAGAACAGGGAUCUGCUGCUGCUAGAAGAGAUGAUGGUGGCAGAUUUCCUGCCACAUUUUAAACGACAUUUGCCCGCCUUGAAAAGCAAACUGUCCCGGCUGAGGACUCUCCCAGUUGCCGACCCCCUGCUGAGUCUGCCCGGAGACGCCAUGACCGAGGAAACAAUACUCAGGCACUGCGUCGCAUAUGAGAGGCCGUCUGACGUUAAGCAUGGCUGCCCUCACCUACCGCCAAACAUCACCGAGACCUUUUUCAAAGAGUCCCCAACGAAGGAGGAGUUUUUGUUAUUACCCGAGCUCCUGGACAGCGCAAAGAUUCCCAAGCACCAUCUCAGCAGCUUCUCAAGCCUUUGCUGUGACGUCAACGUCAUUGCCGAACACCUGGAUGAACAACUUCCUGUCCUGGAGGUGCCUUUUAAAGAUGAUUUUCCGUCCGUGGAAAUGUCCCCCUUUUCUUUACCGGUGUGGAGCGCGAAAGAAUACCGGCUGAAGGACACGGACGCUGCAGGACAUGCGGUUCUUCCGACCGAUUUGGAGCUGGACGUGACCCUGUCUCCGCCUCCUGCCACUGACGGCCGCCAGUCUCACGUGUUACUACGGACGUGUGACCUAGAGAGGGAGGCUUUGUCUCCGCCGGGCGGACUUUGUUUGGUGUCAGCCGCAGCUCAGCAGCAGAUGGAGAUGACGCUUUGGAAGGCGGAGAAGCAUCCCGACUAUGUGUUGAGCUUCCUGUUUACAGAACCUGAGCUACAAGAAGCCGCUGUUGAAUUCCAGCCUCUGAGCGAAGCAUUGAUGCUAAUAACGUUGGAGAGUUUUGCUCCAGAGCUGGAGACCAGAGUCUUAUUUGGCAGCUGGAGGGAGUCUCCGGAGAGGCUGAGUGCUGAUCUUCCUUCUUUUCAUGACAGCAACCACAUGUUGGAGGAUUUCAGUAACGUGUCUCUAGAACCUGAUGAGACAGACAUCAUCUGGUCAGUAGCGGUGAGCACCACCCUGCUACAGCCUCACCUGGAGGAGUCCCAAAAUGCUGCUUUCCCUUCAAAAGCAGAAACAGACUUUUCCGGUGACAAAAAAUGUCUAAAACUAACUCCCAACAUAAAGGAAAUCCAACCUUCCACUGGCAACGUUGAUAGAACGGCUGACAAGAGUGGAUAUGUACCUGCUCCUUGUUGGAAGAAUGUCAGCCAAUUAAAACAGAGUGCGCAGAAAGUCGCCUUCGGGGUGAAGGAAGAAGACCAGAGAGACGUCAUGGCUUCCGGGCGCCCGGCGCAUCAGCAAGUUGACCCGCUGACCACCUUCAUGAUGCUGAGGUCACAGCCAGUGUCUCCCGUCCCAGCAGCAGCACCAGCGCAGCAGGAAAAAGCAACAAAGUCAGAGGAGCAGCAGCAGCCUCGUCCUGAGGACACACGCACACUGGCAGAGAGGACGCUGAGCGCCGCUGCGGCAUCAGGACACGCCACUAGAGAGCAGAAUAAUGCUGAUGCUGCGAUACCUCCAACCGACGCUCUGCGCUUCACCCAUGAUGGCAGCAGAGUGGUGGAGGUCCAGGCCACAGACAGUCAGUAUCAGGCCUACCGUGAGCUGCUGGCCUUCGCUCAGCCUCGUCUGACCUCUGCCAGGGAGUUGGGCCUCAACCUGCCCGCCUGGAAGGACUUUGAGCGCCUGGCUCCGGACCAGACGCGCUAUGUGCUGCGACAGCAGGAGUUGGCUCUGUGCAGGAGGACGCAAGCGGAGAGGGGGGAGCUGGUCAGAGAUCAGGAGCAGCUGUUACGUCUUGUGGCUCUGGUCCACAUGCUGGUCAUGGCCAAAGAGCUGGUGUUCAAGUGUGACCUGAGCGCCGCUGCCGAGUACCUGAGCAAGGCAGUCGAGACGAGCGCUGACCCGAGUCUGGCUCAGCUGCUGAGGAAGCUGCAGAUCAUCCUUUACCUCAGCAGAAGGAACGGCGAGGCCAACUUGAAACUGCUGGAGCUGCAGCAGCUGAUGUCGGUGCAGCUGCGCAACGCCGGCGACACGCAAAAAGACAAAAUUCUUGUCAUCAUAUCACUUCAUUGUGAAGACAGCACAUCUGCAAUCAUCCAACACCUGAGCCAACUGACUGCUGUGACUGCUGUUCACCCAAGCGAGAACAAGAGCAAGCUAAAUGGUGCCAGUGUCGUCAGCAGCGUGCAGGAGAGUGUGUGCGUGAUGGUGUACCAGCAACAUUUAGGCCCAGACUUCCCCUGGAACCUUUUCUCCCUGGUGGUGGAGUACGACCAUCCGGGCCCGUCGCCGUGGGCGACCAUCUGCAAAGAGCGAAAAGUGGAGCACCUCAUCUUCGACACCGUCCUCCCCGAGAGCGCCCCCUGGUGCCUGGAGGACAAGGUGGCGUACGUGCUGCUGGCGACAGAGACGCUCCUCAACUGUCCGCUGCUGCUGCAGGCGCUGGAGUCCACGUUUAACGUGUCGGUGCUGGAGCGCAGUCACUGUCCGUCCCUGCAGACUCUCGGAGGCACGGACCACUACAUUGUCAUCACGGUGGACGAGCGCACCGCCAUCAUGGUUCAGGAGCAGGAUGAGCUGCAUCAGGAGCGUGCCAGCGAGGUGGUGGUGAUGAGGCUUACUGCUUUAUCCUUCCAGUACACUCACUGCUGGAUCAUCGUGCACUGCACAGAUGCAGGCUUUUCCAGCCAAGCCUUCAGCAACCUGGUGCUGGUCUACUCCUUUCUGGUGCUCCUGGGCAUGAAGUCGGAGGACCUGGAAGUCAGGGUGCUCAUUGCCUCGGAGGUGUCGGAAGUGGCCAGGUGGGUCAAUCAGAUCUGCUUCCUCAGCUUGAUGUCCAGCGGUCAGGACCCUGUCACCUACCUGGACCGAGACUGGCUGGCUGUGACGUGCUCACGGGAGGAGCAGUGUGUGUCGCAGUUCCCCAGCAUCAACCCUUUGGUCGCUCAGCUCAUGCUGAAGAGGGCGCCUUCGUUGCCGUGGUUACUGGGGGCCUCGCCGACCCAGCUGGAAGAACUGCUCCCGGAAGUGCCGCACAAAGUCUUGAAGCUGUUCUGCGACACCGCCUCGCUUUGCAAACCAGCCGAGUCGGCGAGCCCGCCGAGGAGCCCGUGGACGGUCGACCCGCUUCCUUCACGAGAGCUCGCCCUCCCCGAUCCCGACGCGUUUCCAAGCGACGCCAACCUCAGCUUCCUGUUCGGGGCUGCCGACGCCAGCUUCGACUCGCAGGAAGUCGGCGCCAAUUUCAGACACGAUCCCACUUGGCCCGUCUUCAGCCCGGACGUUUCCAUCCUGACGGCCGGCAGGGACGCGCGGAACGAGCCGCACAGAACCGGCGAGGAGGAGGCGAUGUUAUCCGAGCGCAGAGGCCGAGCCGGAGCGCUGGGCCGGGUGGUGGAGAGAAGAAACCAGGAAUGGUCUCGCUGGGCUCGGGGAUCCUCCAGCGCCGCACUGGGGAGUCCGCUCAUAUUAAACGCCGCCUUGGGCGGAGCCAGCGGACGUCUUAGCCCGCCUCCAGAGGUCCAGCUGUGGCGGCGCGGGGGUCCACCGGGCAGAGGUUCACACGUGUCGGCUCACUACGGGUCCAGAUGUUUGAGUGGACAAGAGAUGAAGAGGAGCGAGGAAGCAGCAGGGUUGCCAGAUGUGCAGAGCAUUCUUCUAGAUAAUUCCCAGCAUGCUACACACUACAGCAAGGCUAUUGAGGCCACACUAGUAUUUGAGCCCAAAGACUUCAUCCAGUCAGGUAAGUGUUGAUGAUAUUACUGGGGUAAAUAUAUUUGAUCUAUGGUAUUUAUGUUUAAUAGAGGUGUAAUUGCUUGUUACUGUAUGGCUUGUUACUGUACUUGUUGAAUAAUU